AAAAUAGCUAAAGAAGUAGGAGACAAGCAUGGGGAGGGUGUUGCUUAUGGCAAUCUUGGCAAUGCUUAUGGCAAUCUGGGUGAUUUCAAAAAAGCCAUAGAGUACCACAACCUACAUCUUAAAAUAGCUAAAGAAGUAGGAGACAAGCAUGGGGAGGGUAACGCUUAUGGCAAUCUUGGCAAUGCUUAUGACCGUCUGGGUGAUUUCAAAAAAGCCAUAGAGUACCACAACCUACAUCUUAAAAUAGCUAAAGAAGUAGGAGACAAGCAUGGGGAGGGUAACGCUUAUGGCAAUCUUGGCAAUGCUUAUCACCGUCUGGGUGAUUUCAAAAAAGCCAUAGAGUACCACAACCUACAUCUUAAAAUAGCUAAAGAAGUAGGAGACAAGCAUGGGGAGGGUGGUGCUUAUGGCAAUCUUGGCAAUGCUUAUCGCCGUCUGGGUGAUUUCAAAAAAGCCAUAGAGUACCACAACCUACAUCUUAAAAUAGCUAAAGAAGUAGGAGACAAGCAUGGGGAGGGUGUUGCUUAUGGCAAUCUUGGCAAUGCUUAUUUUAGUCUGGGUGAUUUCAAAAAAGCCAUAGAGUACCACAACCUACAUCUUUUAAUAGCUAAAGAAGUAGGAGACAAAUCCUCGGAGGCAAUGGCCUACUGUUCAUUAGGAUUGGUUUUUGAGUUGCAAGGUGGACUGCCAAAAGCCGUUGAACAUUACCAAGCUAGCAUAAACUUAUUCAAUUCCUUGAGAGUACUUCUAAUAUCUAAAGAUGAGUGGAAAGUUAAUUUUCGAAAUCAGCAUCAAGUGGCGUAUACGGGUUUGUGGAGAGUUCUCGUAGAACAAGGUAAUGUAGAUGAAGCCUUAUUUGUUGCUGAGAAAGGACGAGCUCAAGCUCUGACCGACCUCAUGGAAUCCAGUUUUUGUGGUGGAACAAGUCACCACAAGGGAGAAGAUGAAGAUUGCGCAGUUUUAAAAAACGUUCCAUCAAACACUGUCUUUCAGGCAGUGGACAAAGCUAACGUCAAUCUUUGGGUUGUGUCCGAAGGAAAACAAGUUCAGUUAAGACAAAGUAAACUCAAAGGUUUUGUUUCAGAGAAUAGUGGAUCUAGCCUGUCCUUUGAGUCGUUCAUGCUCGGUGUCUAUACACAACUUGGUGUUCGUUCUAAUGUGAGAUGCGAGAAUCGAUCUUUAGAUGCUUUGAGGGAGGGCCGUUCAAAAGUGGAUGAGAAAACCAAAGAAGCCAAGCCUCAACCUCACAUCCAACAAGACGGAUGCUUGAGCACUUUGUAUGAUAUCGUUAUGAAGCCGGUGGCUGACUUGAUUGAAGGGGAUGAGCUACUCAUUAUUCCUGAUGGACCCCUGUGGAUCGCUCCUUACGCUGCAUUGAAGGAUGGUAAUUCUAAAUACCUGUGUGAAUCGUUCACAAUCCGAGUCGCUCCAUCGUUAGCAAGUCUUAGACUCAUUGCCGAUUGCCCAGAUGAUUAUCACAAAAGCAGUGGUGCGUUACUUGUAGGAGAUCCGUGGGUAUCCGAGGUUACUAACAGCGAGGGAAAGAAAGUCUUCGAGCAGCUUCAGUAUGCUAAAAAAGAAGUAGAAAUGAUCGGAAAAAUUCUGAAUAUCACGCCAAUCACUGGCAGUCAGGCCACGAAACGUGAGGUGUUGAAAAGACUCAGUUCCGUUUCCCUAGUUCACUUUGCGGCACACGGAUGUAUGGAAACUGGCGAAAUUGCUCUUACACCUGACCCAGACCGAAUAUCUACUGUGCCAACGGAGGAGGAUUACAUUUUAACAAUUGGAGAUGUGUUGAAUGCUCAACUUCGGGCCAAACUUGUUGUGCUUAGUUGCUGCCACAGCGGCCGGGGCGAGAUCAAGGCUGAAGGUGUGGUUGGCAUUGCGCGCGCUUUUAUGGGGGCUGGUGCUCGGUCUAUUGUGGUGUCCCUGUGGGCGAUUGAUGACGAGGCUACUCUUGAGUUCAUGAAAUACUUUUAUCAACAACUUGCAGGAGGUAAACCAGCAAGCGAGUCACUGAACCUGGCCAUGAAAAGCCUCAGAGAAUCAGACAAGUUCUGCGACAUCAAACACUGGGCGCCCUUUUUGCUGAUUGGAGAUGACGUCACUCUUGACUUCAUGGCAAAGGAAAGAGAAAAUUUGAAUAUGAAAUCACAUAAAUGAAAACUUUUUAUUUCAUCUCAAAAUGAAUGACGCAGGAACUUGGAAGGUUUAAAUGCUUCUCCAUUUUGGCGCUUUUUGGCUAUUUUUCAUUACUUUUCACUUUUUUGUUAAAUGGAACUUGAGAUGUGUGACUUUACUUUGGUGAAGAAAUAAAACAGACUAUUUCAGUA